CGGACAGGACUGAGAGCAGAGAGGGAGGCGACGCUCCGCUUGUCUGUCUGACAAGUUUUGGUUGUUUUUAAAACUGUUCACCGAUGAUCGCAACGUAAUCUGGAAUUUAACGAUGAGAAAGAGCGAGGUGCUCGCAGCAGAGGCGGUGUCGUGCCUCAAUAAAGCGCUGUGCCAUCUGAAGGACAUUUGGGAGGAAAUCGGUAUCCCCGAGGACCAGAGACUGCAGAGAACUAAUGUUGUCAAAAACCACGUUAAGAGCUUACUAGAUAUGAUGAUCAAAGAAGAGGAAUCUCUGAAAAAGAGGCUCAUAAGCAGCCUUCAAACAUGCAGGACAGAAAUGGAAAAACUCUGCCUGGAACUUCAGCUACCUGUGUUUGAGGAGGAGAAUGGUAUCAGCAUGCUCCAGCAAGAGAAGAACAUCCGCACACAGGUGGAGGCUCUGGUGACCGAGAAGGCUCAGCGGAGGCAGCAGCUGAAGGUUCUGCUGGAGCAGGACCAGGACCUGUGCGACAUCCUGUGCGCCAUCCCUUAUGGCAUUGCUCCAGACUGUGUCCCCUCACUGGAACAACUGGAGAGCUUCAGCCAGCACAUCAUUAAUCAGAAUGCAGAAAAGGCGAGGCGGUAUGCUGAGUUCACGGACCUCAAAAAGCAGAUAAUCUUGUACAUGGAAGAGCUGGACCGCAUCCCAGAGACCAGCUUCGAGAAGGACGUCAUCUGUGAGGAUGAGGACGCUUUCUGCCUGUCCAGAGACAAUAUUACGUCACUCAAACUGCUUCUUUGUCAGUUGGAGGAGCACAAGACAAAGAAUGAGGCGAUGUGUGAGGAUCACCGAGAGAAGAUCCAGCAGCUGUGGGACAGACUGCAGGUGCCUCAGGAGGAGAGAGAGGCCUUCGAUGAACACAUGGUCACAUCCAAGAAGAGGAACUUGGAAGCGUUACAAGCAGAAGUUCAGCGUCUGCAGGAGCUCAAACUGCUAAACAUCUGCAAUGUCACCGACGCCAUCCGCUCCGAGAUCUCUGUGUUUUGGGAAAAGUGCUUCUUCAGCGCAGACCAGCGGCAGGCUUUUGCUCCAUAUUUUAGCAAUGAUUUUACUGAAGAGCUGUUGAGUCUACAUGAUGCUGAGAUCCAACGCUUGAAGCAGCAUUAUGAGGAUCAUAAGGAGCUGUUUGACGGGGUUCACCAAUGGGAAGAAAGCUGGAGACUCUUCCUAGAGCUGGAGAAAAAAGCCACAGAUCCGACAAGAUUCACUAACAGAGGAGGGAAUCUUCUCAAAGAGGAGAAACAGAGGUCUGAGCUGCAUAAAAGCCUGCCUAAGCUCGAAAAGAAGUUAAAAGCUCAGAUUGAUGCAUGGGAAAGUGAACAAGGUCGGGAGUUUCUAGUAAAUGGCCAGAAGUUUCUGCAAUAUGUGGAGGAACAGUGGGAGCUGCACCGAAUAGAGAAAGAGAAGGAGAAACAAGAAAGGCAUCUGAAGAAGAGCAAACAGACAGAGGAAGAUAUGCUGUACGGAACAGCAGUACGAACCCCUACCAAACGCCGACUUCUGGGCACUACUACACCAAAUAAAUCACGAAAGUUUAACGGGACUUCCAGCAUUUCUAGCGCCACCUCUAACAGCACCAUGCGCUCUGCCUAUGGUGGAACUGUCUGUCGCUCACCUGUGCCCCGCCCACCUCUCUCAGCAAACAAGUGUCCAGCAGCUCGGACACCGGGUGGUGGAAAACCUCCCCACUCACGCCUGCAAGGCUGUAACAAGGAGAAUGAGGCUCAGCUGAAGGGGACCCCUCUGAGUGGUGCGUUGCUGACCCCCGCUACUCCACAGCGUAACUUCAGCAUAACCUCUGUUGCCAGCACAUAUUCAGAGUUUGUGAGGGACUUGGUCAACCCUGAAUCUGUUCAGUCAAGCGAGACCUGUCAAAGGCCACCAACACCAAGAUCCAGCACGACGUCCUGAACUCCACCACCACAAACCUUUGACCUCUCCACUCUGACGGUGACUGCAACGGCUAUCACAUGGUAGCCCUUUCAACGACGUUCUAAUCUCUAAAACAGAUCACUACUUUGCCCUGCUAUCUGUUUUUACUUGUAAAUGAAGGUAAUAAUAUAUUCAGUUUUAAGCCCGUGAUAAACAAGGAAUCUGUUGUCAGUUGUUGAGCGUGUUGUCUUCAGCAUUGGCGAAUCUUUGCCCGGUCUAUCACUGUCUGUAAGAGAAGAAAUGUGUUUGUAUCCUAAGUUAAACAAACACUACUUUGGCUCUCUCAGUUUUGUCAGUUAUUGAGAUGUGACAAAUGUCUGCAUCUUGUACUGCACUUUUUUUUUAGAAAGAGAAACAAAAGAAGGUUUCUGAAGUUAUGCAAUCUGGGGUUACAGGCCAAAUGUAUUAUGAAUACUGUGCACUUUUUUUAGAAAAUAUAUACCCGCGCAUAGUGUAAUUUUACACACACUGACUGUUCCAUCCAAAUCUGUUUUUAUUCAUGCAUUUGUAUAUAUUUCUGUAUCUGCUGUUCUCUUCACAUAAACUCCGCUGUUUGACAAAGAUGUUAGUUAGUUUAAACAGGCCGUUAAGGCCUUUAGUUAAAGUAUGUUGUAUAUUGGUGCUGUAUAAAUGAAAUAUACCUGAAUCACAUCGAUUCAUUACACUAUCAUGGCUGAUUUGGAAAAGCUUGUCAAAAUAAAAUAAAUGCAUUUUCACUAAUUUCUUUAAGAUGGGACAAAGA